AUGCGAUACCGCAGUAACCGCACCAAGACCUCCCAGGUGCUCUGCAACCACCGCCGGAACCACUUCACCGUCGUCAAACCCUUCAACCCGAGCCCGGACACGGCGUUCAUGCAGCUCCUCGAGCGCCACGCCCGAGCGCCCGUCGCCAUUAUUGCAUCCGGCGCCACCGACUGGACACUCUAUUUAAGCCUGCAAUGGGCAAUAUCAAGCUACAGUUCGGAUCUCGGGAGGAACAUUGCCAGCGACUACGGAGACUCGCAGAGAGAGAGAACCAACCGGGCAUACGAACAGAGACGGAGAGAGGCACUGGCAAAGGGACAGGAGCCGCCCACUUACGAGUACAGGUCAGUCAAGGAUGCCGAGGGCAACCGGUACUUCGGCCCCGCGCAUGGUCGAGUCUUGGAACUGAGCGACGAAUUCGAGGCUCUCAUAGACAAGGUGGCCACUAAGGAAGUCGUGCCGCUGCAUACCGACGACGACGACGACGGCGGCGGCGGCGGCGACGGCAAGAAGCACUGGCUGCUUGAGUGGUACAACUUCCCGCUGCGGCCUGACCUGCCCGCCCGGCUCAACGCCCUGGCUGAGAGCCUCAGGGAGCUACUCGACGAGCUCGUCUGCAAGCACCACGAGAGGGUCGCGCACAACUUGGCCAACCCCGUGAAGCUCCCGAUGUCCAUCGCCUAA